CUGUAGCGGACAGGACAUGCAGAUGUAGUUUAGUUGGCUUCCCAGGAGGAACUCCAACCUGUUUCCGAAUCCGCCGACAGGAUUAAGGGGAAUUCUCAAACUUCACAUGCUCCUUUUUGUCUGUGUAUUUUAAUCUACCGUGGUCCAAGACUGGAGCAAAAGAAGACGAGUAGGGGGUGUGUUCAGUGUCUCAGGAGGAGACAGAAGAGAUGGAUGUGCAUCCACAGGCACCUGGGGAAGAGACUGGACAGGAUCAGCCCAAGACCAGAGACGGUUUUCAGAACCACUGCCCUCAACCCGCUGCACAGGAGCCAGAGGCAGAGCACAAAGAAGUCCCUGACACUCUCCAUGACAGAGAGGCAGAGAAGCGCUACAGCGAUGACUCCAUAACAGACGUAGUCUGCACCAGUGAAGAGGCUCUCCUCCUCCCCAACCACAAGCCCAUGAUCUCCCAGACUACAGUUAAAGAUGAUCUACUCUUUGACAACUCUUUGGUAAUAGCCAAUCAACCAGUGGCUCAUCAACUCCAAGAGGGUGUGGCCAAUGGAGCCCCACCCAUCUGCACACCGCCUGCAGCCUCUGUGGUCCAGGUGAGGCCUGGGUCAGCCUCAGCACCAGCCUCAGCUCCAGCCUCAGCUCCAGCUUCAGUGCAGAAGAGCAAUGGCCACCACCACCACCACCACCACCACCCUCACCGCCAGCAUCCACACAAGAAGCCCCUGCCGUCCAGCAGCAAGAGCCAGCAGAGCUUCAAGGCCAACGCCAGCCAGAUCCAGGAGGUGGCUGGAGACGAUUGCUGUGUGCACUGUGUGCUGGCCUGCCUGUUCUGCGAGCUGACGUCCUGCUGCUCGGUGUUUGCCCAGUGCCUGAGCUGCGGGCCCGGGUGCGAGGCGCUGUGCUGCUGCGGCGAGGUGGCCACGGGGGGGCUGGCCUGCGGGGAGGACGCCUGCUCUGCCCUGUUGGACUGUGGGAUACUGGAGGACUGCUGCCAGUCCUCGGACUGUCUAGAGAUCUGCUUGGAAUGCUGUGCAAUCUGCUUUCCUGCCUGAAAAAGAAAAAAAAUGCCCUAAAAAUUUGGCACGGCUGGAAUUCAUCAUUCCAAGGGAUAAGUGGUAACGUAGUGUUGUGAGGAAAAGAAGGAAGUGCUCUUUGGCCUGAUUCUCUUAUUUAUUUUACUUUUUUUGAUAGAAAUUGAAUGUAGUCAGUGUUAGGGGGUGAAUGUGGAGUGGUAAUGUUCAAAUGACCAAGGCGUUUCCUGUUUUUGUACGUGCCAGCCAGGUCUCCAGUGGCCAUUGACGUAUAUGUUCGAUUUUACAACUUUUCAUACCAACAUAGAGAGCCCUGCUUCCCGCUAUACAGACGUGUGCGCUCGAACACGCACACGCACACGCACACACACAC